AUGUCGGCCAACUACUGGGAGUCGACGCAGCGCCGCUACUGGCAGUUCACCAAGGAGCAGCUAGCGUCGAUGCGCCAGAAGCUCGAGGAAGACAAUGCCGACCUCGUCCGCAUGUUCCCGCUGCCGCAGCAGAGGCAUUUGAACAUUUACUUUAACCAACAGUUGAUCAGAUUGGCGAAGCGCCUCACGAUCCGGCAGCAGUCUAUGGCGACUGCCCAAGUUUACAUGAAGCGCUUCUUUUCGAAGGUCGAGAUCCGCCGAACGAAUCCCUACCUCGUCAUUGCCACGUCCAUAUACCUCGCCUGCAAAAUGGAGGAGUCGCCACAGCACAUCCGCCUCAUUGUGACGGAAGCGCGGCAGAUGUGGCAGGAUCUCGUCGCCAUCGAUACAUCCAAGCUGGGCGAGUGCGAGUUCUUCCUUAUUAGUGAAAUGAGCUCUCAACUUAUCGUCCACCAACCAUACCGGUCCAUUACUGCUCUCCGGUCCGAGUUGGCGUUGGUCGAGGAGGACGUGCAGUUAGCCCGGUCUGUCAUCAACGAUCACUUCAUGACCGAUCUGCCCCUACUCUAUCCACCGCACACCAUUGCUCUCGUCGCUAUCCUCCUUGCCCUGGUCCUCCGACCCAAUAAUUCAGUACCAGGCCAGAACGCCCCUGGCGCUGCCGCGGCGGCUGGUCUCGCAGCUGCUCAGGCAGCAUUGAGCCAGGCACAGGCCCGCACAGGGCAGGGCAGCAUGAUGGACACGGGCGGGACAGAUAUAAAGGGAAAGCCGCAGGAAGGUCGAGUGACGCGCGUGCAGCGAUUUGCAGCGUGGCUAGCGGAGAGCAACGUGGAUAUAGCAUCCAUGGUGGACGCUACGCAGGAGAUCAUCUCCUUCUACGAGUGUUACGAACAGUACAACGAUAAACUCACCCGGGAGCAGAUCAACCGAUUUGUCAAGGCUCGUAGCUUGGACAAGUGA